AUGAGGCUGCACUCCUUCUUCGAGCCUGGCCUCCGGGCCAAGGACACUACGUACAGUGAUCACCGACUGUAUACGUUAACGGCCAGACAAUCACUCUCCAGCGGGAAUCAAAAGCUCCCCUUGAAAACCUCUAAGAUUCGCUUUACGGUCGAUGCCCCUCGCUUCACCCUCCCUCCCAGCGAUAUCCAUUCCAUCUAUCCUGCCCCAGGAUCAUCAGAGCAUGCCCGGGUGCUUCCUCAUGUCGUUCUUAACGAUCCCCAGUUACCGUGGGAGAGAUCGGGGGACCCUGAAAAUCAGAACCACGCCAACGAGAAUGACCAGAAGCCUACACGGCCGACUUGGAUGGCCCUGUUAGUGUUUACCGCCGAUGAGCUACAGGUUACUCCUCUAGCAAAUAAUAAAAAUAUUCCCUCAGCAACCCGGGCCUUGUCAGCGGUUGUAUCGCAGUUAGCGCAGGCAGACAAGGCCGAGAGCUCCUUUCGCUGUCCGAACGUUAACGAUCUCGACGCUGCGGAUGAGACUGUCGCGAGCUAUAUUGUAUUGAAGCGCGAGCUGUUCGAGCAUCUUAUCAUGAGUAAUAUCAGCACGUUCGCGUAUCUCUCGCACGUCCGCCGUGUUGCUGUGGCAGGCAGUGCGCAUGUGUCCGACACGCCCGACGAACAUCCCUUUAGUGUUGUGGUCUCACCCCGGACAGGACCUGUCGAUGGCAAGGAACAGACCGUCUACGUGCAUCUAGUAUCUCUCGAUGGCAUCGUUGAAAAUUUGAAGACUCGGUCGUUGACUGACUCCGUAAAAACCAUCGGGGUGGUCUCAUUAUACGCGUGGACAUACCGCAUCUCACCAGGCGAUGAGAUUAGCUAUCGCGACAUUCUCUGCAGUCUGGACAAGGACAAACAGCCUCUCUGUCGACCGAAGAGCCUUCUCAAUGAUCUCGCCAAAGAUGUAGCCAAUUCAUGGCUGGUCGAGAGACUGCGUCAGGGGUAUACACUCACCCGCCACCGCACGCUUACUGGGGAGGCGACAGUCGCUUUCUACCGCGGCCCAUUAACGCCCUCUUAUCUUCCGCCAGGCCAAUGCCCGCCCAGCGUAGCGGGACGAGAACUGCAGAUCCUUGAUCCUCACACGGGGAUCAUGGAUGUGAGCUAUAGCGUUGCGUGGGAACUGGGGCGGAAUCUCGCGAUUGCCGACAAGGCAUUCACGGCUGCGAUGCUCCGACUGCGCAGCGAUAUCAUGGCUCAAGCAGUCAAAGAUCCAGAGAAGAGUAAAAGUAAGGAUACCUUUGCGGCUUUGAAGAGAACUCAUAAGAGACCUGCCCUCUACACUGGUGUGUAUCGGUGGGCGAAUACGAAAUCUUCUUUGUCUUCCUCUUCAUUAUCAUCCUCAUCUUUAGCUUCUCCUUCUUCCGCUCUUCCAGAUCAUGUUCGGAAAUGGCUUGCGGAUAUGGCCACCAGCCAAGCCCAGCACGAACUUGAGAACAAGACAAAUCAAGUAUCCACUGACUGGCUGUUCGUCCUGCAAUGGAUACAGAAGAAACUUGCCCUCCAAGGCAUCCCAGCCAUCUAUCUCUUCCCCGACCCGGCUGUGCUCCCGCUCGAAGCUUUACGGACGUUUUAUAUCGACGAGAACUGGACUGAUGCGAUGAUCGAUGGCGCACUCAGCAUCGCCAACCACUCGACGACAAGUGACGAUUUGGUCAAACGCGAAAUCCGCAGUAGCUUCAACGUCUAUUUGACUGCAAUGCAAAAGGAUCAAAAGCCAGACACGGCAUAUUCCUGGCGGCCAAGAUGGGGUCUCGUCCUCCGCAGUCAGCUCGUGCGCGCAUAUCCCAAUCUCCGGAUCGAGAGAGAACACAAAGAUUCCACAGAUUUACCAGCAGCUUUCGCCACAUUAAGUGAAGAUACACUCAUCUACUAUCAAAGUGAGACGCCUGAGACGACAGAGGAUGCGGCAUUAAUCAUGAUGCAGCCCUUCCACCACCAGCGCUUUUCGCUGGGCGACGACCUCGCGGGUGGGAAACUGGAGAUGGCCUUCAAGCUCUUCACGCUUACUGAAUCGGAGAAGGCUAGGGAGCGGAUUGAGAGCAGUGACAAUCGAGCUAUAUGGACGCCUGGUAGCAACACGGCUGUAUUCAAGUGCAAGAAUCCCGAUGGAUUCAAAGAUGUGCCGUUGAAAGCAAUAUACGACUGGACCAUACGAUGUGUUGAUAUCAAACAGCUCAUUCAAUGCUGCCAGGAUAUUAACAAGGAGGUUCUCCAAGACCUGUCUGAUGUCCAGGAGGAUUCAUCUGCGUAUGUCGGUGUACAGUUGAACGAUGAGAUUCUCAUGCUGCGGAUGGAGUAUAAAAGACCUGGCGGCAUACAACCCCUUCAGCCACGCCUUUUGAAUAAUCCAGUCACCACGAGUCCCGAGAACAAGCUGGAGCCCGACAAAGAGAAAAAUAAAGAGCCCAAAAAGAAACGAAAGACACCCUUCAUCCCUGAACCCCCGCUCAUCAAGGCCGCGCUCCUCCCCCCGGUCCAAGGCUUCAAUCUCGAUGCCCUGAAGCCCGCGAUCCCUUCCAUACCUAAGAAUGACGCCGCAUACAACAAUCUCCUCCCGAUAACAAGCUCACAACUAAGCAAGAUCUGCUCGCCUCUUCUCGAACAACCACGCCGCAAUCUCCCCGCCGGCGCACCUAUUACCCUAGACCUCCUCUUCUCCCUCACCGCCAUCGCAGACGUGCGUCAAGAUCUCUAUCUCGGAGAGGUGAACGUAUAUCUGCCCAUGGGGACGAUCAACACCAACCUCCUUCAACCAAUCACCUCCCGACCAAAGAUGCGUAUGAUCGGUCCGGGACGGUUAUGGGAUAUCACCUGCAGGUUGGUCAUGGGGAAACGACAUCGGAUUGAUCUACAGGGAGACUGGAGCUUGGAGGACGCGACAGAUGGACACGAUCAGAGGUAUCUGGGGGUGACUAUUUCGCCGUUGAAUGUACAGAAGUACCCGCUGCAUCUUCUGCGACAUCCGCAGCUGAGCUUUCUCUUGCAAGAGAUGAAAAUCAAUCCCUUGCCUUGUGAGCGGGUGCCGUUGCUGGUUGAGGAGGCUUAUUUCAGGGCAACGGAGGAGGAGGGCGUAUAUGAGGAUGUUGGGAGGGUUAGGGGUGUUGUUGGAGUGACUAGAGAGGAUUGCCAAUGGAGGUGA